UUUUUAAACAGCUUGGUGUUCAAGCGAUUGAAAUUUGUAUGGCUACAAGAACGCGAAAUGGAGGUACACAUGCACUGAUUAAAAAUAUUUAUACAAUUUUUAUCAUUAUGACAUAAUUUAACCAUAGCAGGAAAUAAUAUUUUUUAUUCCUGGGAUCCUAAGUUUUGGGGGUCAAAGUUUUCUGCCGAGUUCACUAAUAUUCUUCCUAAUAUAUUAUUUUUUGUGCCUGUUAAAGCCAGGUCUGAAAAUUUUAUAGGAUCCUAUAUGCCAGGAUCCACCAUUAUUUGAUCACUAUUAAUUAUUGUAGCAUUGUAUAAUUUAUUCACUGAACUCAGUAUUAUAUCAUAUGUCAUGUAUCCAACGUAUCAAUGCAUUAUUCAAUAUCCUAUAGAAAAUUGGAUUAAUAAACUACUCAACUCUAUCCACAGGUCUUCUAGCUCUUGAUGAGCUUCACCGUUUACUAAAAGGCGGUGGUAAAUCCAGACAAGAUGUAACUGAGUAAGUAAAUGCAAUAUUCAUAAAUGAGUUUAGAAUUAUAGUAGCUGGCCAGUAGGCCUCUCAGGUACAAGAAGAUCACUCAUCAGAAAAUUUGCAAGUUUAAAAAAUAAAACGCUGGUUAAUCGCAACCUCGUACCCAGGCAGGGUUCUCUUUUUGCUGGAAACAUGAACUAAAAUCUAAUCAGCACAUUGCAUAGUAUAUCAGGGGCACAUCUCUUCGAUAGUGCCAGCAAAAAGAGAACCCUGGGUACGAGGUUGGUUUAACCAACUUAAUCGGGGGUGAGAAUUGAUGUGUUGGCAAGCACGAGUUCACAUAAACGGGGUUCUUUUCCAGCUCUCAUAUGCCGGUCAAACUAGAACAAGUGUUGCAUGAGAGUUAUUGAAUGAGACUUGACUGAAUAUUAUGACCAUCAAACUCUCGUCAAAUAUGUGCCAGCUUAGAUGUACGACUUAUAAUAGCUUACAAUUAAGAAAAUUCUAUAUAUAAUGGUACGUUACUGUAUGAACUGAGGUGAAAAUAGGCUUCACAUAUACCCUCAUAAAAACGUGUAAAAAAAAAUAUUUAAAUUUUAGGUAUUUCGCGUCAAUGAGAGAACCAGCCAAAAACAUUUAUACAGAGUUAUAAAAUUCUGAAACUUGUGCCUUUCUCAAUCUUGUCUUAGGGAUGAUUUAGCACGUGCAAUUAAAAAACUUCACACAUUAGGAAGUGGAUUUCAAAUUAUUCCUGUUGGCGAGAAAAGAAUUGUUCAGUCUGUUCCUGGUGAAUUAAAUAUGGACCAUACUACAGUUCUGCAGUUAGCACAGGUAGGCGUGCAUGUGCAGUUGUGAAAAUUAGAUGAUUUAUGUUAUAUCUUUAUACCUCCAGCAGUGGCUUGCUUAAUUACAUUUUAAUAUACAUUAUAAAUACUCAUGGCUGCAUGUGUAUUCCUAUACAGGCUAUGCUGGGCGUAGCCAGCCCAAAACUAACACACAGAGCAACCAUGGGGUCAGUUGUCCUUUUCCAUUUUUAGGGUCUGCGAAACGCUAAUCCAUGCAUUUUAUAGACACGUCUUAUGAUAAUCUCAAAGCUGCAGAUUUAGUAUAUUUUAUGUCAUUGAUGAAAGCAAUACGCCUCUUCCCGCCCCCCCCCCCCACGUUUCUCCACAGGCACAGUGUUGGAAGAAUUACAAAAUUGGUCCUGACGAAAAGUGGGGGUCGGGUCCCCUCCCCCAUUAGAGAUCUUACGAUUUAGGACGGCAACGUGACGACAACGGCUACCAAUACAAUAAACCAUUGAAAAGAAUUGAAUAAUUACAAUAUAUUUCAGCAAUAUAGGUUCAGCAGAACUCUUCCCAACCAUAAAACCCAUGUCUUCAACUUCUAAAACUGUAUUAAAUUCAUACGAUUGAUAAUAUACGACGAACUAUCUUUACUACCAUUUAUUUGAAGGAGUUUGUUUUGGCCGUCGUCGUCGCGUUGCCGUCCUAAAAUCGCUCUAUUCCCCCUGUGGCUACGCCCCUGACUAUGCAGUAUACCGACAGUGUACGGACGAUUCCCGCCUGUCAGAACCUUGAUUUAACUAAAUUUUACUGUAAUGUUCUCGAAUGUGUUCUUAAGAAAAAACAAACGGCUGCUGCGUUCUGUUGGUGUAGUCUAUUAUGUAUAUUUAUACAAAUUAUAGCUACGUUUGCCCGAAAUGAGUUCAAAUUAUAAAAGGAAUAAGAAAUUAAUUAGUAAUUCACAUUUAAAAUCAUGCUAACUGUUCUCAGCAGUUAAACUUGAAAGAAAAGAGAAGCAAAUUUGAUUGCCUUUUGACAAUGAAAUGAUCAGAAAUACAGCCCAUUCUGCCAUAGCGGACAAAAAAGGCAUUGUUUAAUGAACACUGCACAUUGUUCACUCAUUGUAUAUUUAUUACCAAUUUGAUAUUAACUCUACAGGCUACUUCGUAUAUUUCAUUAUCUGCUAUAACGUCACAGUUGGGAUGGGAAGUGAAACGGGCUGAACAUGUCUUGGUAGGUAUUGUCCGAGGUAUAGUCUGUGUAUAACGCCCACUCAGUACAGACGGACACUGAAUUUUUCCUUGACAAGUUUUCCAUGACAAGUUUUAUUUGCUCGUGUGUACGGCAAAAAAUUGUUAUGACAAUUUUUCUUGUUCCAGAGCUAUAGACCCAUUGCACAUGACGUCACAGCGCCGGUGACGAUGCAUCUGGAGGGCAAAUUAGCAAUCUAUGCAUAAUAUAACUUUUGUAGACAAAGCAAAUUUUGUAAAACUUUAUAAUAAUUUUGUAUUAAAAUGGUAAUCUUUGCGCUGUAUGUGGUUGUACCCGAACAGAUAUUCUUAUAGGGAGCAUCUGGAGGACACUCCAAGGAUUUGUGACGUCAGUGCGAUGGGUCUAUAGUCAUGCCAGUUUUUGGUCAAGAAAAAUUUGUUCAAGGAAAACUGAUACACAUGAGAAAGUAAACUUGUCAACGAAAACUUGCUCGUGUGUACGGGCUUAAAGGCACAGUUCAGCCUUUUGAAUGAUGGUUUUUAAGGCGCAUUACAACCCUUUUAAUUGAAAAAACUAACCAGGAAAAUCAAUUAAGCAUAAUUCAAGAUCAGCAAACUUAAUGUUUUUAACAUUUUAAAACAUUUUUAUUGUUAAAAGCAUUGAGUUUGCCCGAUACACAUGCAUUGGAAGUAGUUACAUAAAGAAAUAUUCGAUAGAAUACAGACUAUGACCUUUAAUCGUGAAAUGAAGAACCUCCAAUAAAUGCCAUGUUCUUUCCUUAAUAGACUUAAUAAUAUGCACCUGAACCAAAAUUUCAAAGUUAAUUAUUACAGUGAAUUUAAUUAUUGUGCGUUGUGAAAGAAAAUUGUACGAAUUUUGAGCAUUCGACAGUUUUUAUACUGCUUGUUUUUAUACUGCUUGUUUUGAUCAUAUUUGUCUUCUGAAUAUCCCUUAGGGUCACAUGGUGCAAGAAGGAAUGAUUUGGAUUGAUGAACAAGAUCCUAAGGAACGUUUAUAUUGGUUUCCAGGAUUGUUUAAAGACACCUAGUUGCCGUACACAAUAUAGUCGCCAAUGAUUAGCAAUAAGUAGAUAAAUGUUGAACUGGGGCCGCGGAUAGUGUUUUUUUCAACUGUUGUUUAAUCAGUCAUUGAUUGGUAUAACUCAAAUUAAAAUUAAAGGUUUUUUAAUUUUUUAUACUACUUGCGUGGUUCAUAUCUGUAGUUUCACAGCUUUUCAGGCAUUUUUACAAAGGUUGAAAAAAUCACUAUUCGGUGGAUAGCGCUAUCCGGCUUUUCGUACAACCUGCCCCAGAUGUAUGAUGUCAACGUCGUAUCCAGCCUCUUUCCACUACGCUGGAAGAGCGCUGGUAUUAUAUAUGGCAUCGUAAUCUUACAUCUAUACAUGCAGAUAUGUGCAAACCUAAAUCUUGCAUACCAUGCCAUUUAUUUGAAGCAUGGUACAUCAUGAACAUGACACGUUCUCUAGUCAAUGAGAUCCACUGCUGUAACUAAUUGUAACUAACUUAGUUACAAUUAGUUACAGCAGUAACAACCACUAAAAUCCCCCUCUGCUAAACUACAAUCCUCGACAAAGGUUUUUGGUCGUAUAGUUUUAUUAAAUCUUACAUUUUUUUUUUCCAACCUCGGAAUUUUGAAAUACACUCUGGUGGAAAUUUUGCCGGUUAGCCUAGACUGAAUAACCCUAUAGCCAGGGCCCCCUGGUAAUUUAUCCACCUAACAUGGUCUGGUUAAUUUAGCCAAGAAGUCCUUGGUUAAAUUAACUAGGCAAUCAGGAAAAAUGUUAGAAUAACCAGGAAAAUUCAUCAGGAAUAUUAAGUUAAUCCAAAUAGGGCUAUUUCUAGGUUAACCAGGAGGUUCAACUAGACGGUUUUUAAUAGAGCGUAAAAAUUAUAGAAGUAUAUAAUGGAUAAAAAUAAAAACUCACAAAUCACGAUUUUGACUAUAUAGGAGUAUAGCGCACGGGCUAUAUUUAGAUCACUUCUCUGUGUUGACUAUACAUGGCUACGUUUGCACUUGUACCGCAUAGCUUUCCGUAGAGACGUGAAAAACAUCAUAUCUUUAUCCGUGCCUUUUAAGAACGCUAUUUCAGAGGAAUUAUUGCAACGGAGAGAUGUUGUUUCGCUCAGUUUCUGAAAGUUGUACAUUGCGUAUCGGACAGCAGAAAUUUUUUUUGGGAUCACUUUCCGUGGGAGGCUUGGUAACCGCGACUUUUACUCAGGGUACAUAUUUGGAUUUAUUGGGACACUUGAUGUAAACUUGAGGUUAUUCAGGUACUCUAUAAAGUCUAUUAUAC